GUCUGUAUCAAAUUCGCAUAGCAGGCCGGCAUACGUGUUCAGCGGACUCCUCAACGCAUCGCCUUCGACUACGAUAAACGCAAUCACCGCCACCAAACGUGCUGCUAGAAAUGCGGCCAACCUCCAACUUGGAGAGGCGUGCUCAGAGACCGCCUCAGGGCCCUAAGCCACGCUGCAUGUCUAUAUAACGACAGCCCGGAAGCCGACUCGUGCACCAUAAUCUUCACAUCCACGACACUCAUGUUCGCGAACCGCCAACCCACUCGCAAGGCCACCACCACUACGCGCCCGUCCGCGCUUUCGCGCUUCGGCUCAGGCUCUGCCAAAGCCACGCCGAGCGAGGCAUCCUCGUCCGCUGCGUCUUCCACCGUUGUGUCGCGCAGCCCAGCUUCCUCCGUCGCUUCCCUUACGCUCAGCGAUGAACCCGCACCCACAAAUGGUCGCGCGUCGCCGUCGAAGGCCUCGACCAUGCCGGCGAAGCGCCAGCUCACCCGGCAGGAUUCGCUUCGGCCUUCUGCACUCAAGCGAUUCAGCACCAGCGCCGUCAGCUUGGUCAAAGGACAGGGACUCACCAAUGGCGCUGAGACGCCCGUGCCCGUCGCUCCUGUCUCGGGCAGCCCCACGUCGUCAGUGAGCUCACUCCCAAUUGGGCCCGACCCUGGAGAGGGUGCAACGAGGACGAUCGAGGAGCUGCGUACGAAGCUGGAUGCGGCGGAGGAGGCUUUGACUACGGAGCAGAGCAGGCUAACAACACUCGAGGAGCGCAUCAGGAUCCUCGAAGUCGCGAAGGAGGAACAUGUCCAAGAGGAAGCCACUCAGCGGGAGAGACAGCUUGCCCUGAACGCCCAACUCGACGAGCUACGGGCGCAGCUUGCGCGCUCCGAAGACGAGGUCCACAAUAGAGACCGGGAGCUAGAGGCUGCACGAGCAGAAGCCGCGCAAGGGAGAGAAGCCCAGGAGGGGAUCCGGAGAGGGCUCGAGCGCGAACUCGCGGAUGUGCGGUCCCAGCUGCUGGACGCACAGGAAGUGUCACGCAGGAGAGCGGACGAGCUGGAAGCAGCAAGUCGCGAGGCAGGGGAGGCGGUGAACGAAAGGAGCGCCCUGCAGCAGAAGGUCGGCGACCUCGAGGUGUCACUCAAGACGGCACUGGACAACGGCGAGCAGGAGAGGAGGCGGUUGAACGAGGAGAUCGCCAAGUUGAAGGAGGAUCUGAAGAAGGCACCGUCGGCCGGGUGUACCAUUCAGUGAGGGCGACGCGGGGAGUGCGCGCGUGCAUCGGGGGGCUAUUGUUUGUACACCUGAUCUUGUAACAUAUCGUUUAUCAGAGUGUUGUAUGUACGCUGUCUAAGGCCGUUGUAUACCAUGCACCUGUUGCACGGUAUUGCAUUCGCAGUAUGCCCCUUGUCAGGAGGUUAUUGACGGGCCUCGAACUACCCGCUGCGCGACCUUUAGCUGCUAUGUGCGUGCCCGACGGUUCCUGCGCAGCUGCGAGCCCCAUGAGGACCUCGUUCAUAGGUCGCACCAACGCACCAUACAUAUAGGUUUGACGG